UCCUCAUUCUUCAUUCCCCCGAUCAGAAACAGAGGAGAAGGAAAAACAGAGGACUCUUUCUCGUGCUUUUUCUUUUUCCUCUAUCUUCUCUUCAAUCAGAGCUUUUCCUGCUUCUCAUUUCUCCAAUUUUCAGCUGGAAAAGCUCUGAUUCAAUCCAAAAACUAUCAACCAUGACUGUCGAAGUGAAAUCUGAAGAGACCCAGGUGGCGGAAGUCAUCGAAUCUCAAAAAGAAAAGCCUACCAAGGCCGACGUGGCUGAGGUUAAGGCAGUUGAGACCGUCGAUAGAGCGGUUGAAACUACAAAGGCUGUGGCAGAAGUUGCUGAGACGGAGCCGAAGAAGGGAGAUGAGGAGACGAAUGCAGAAACCGGAGUUCCUAUUGUCGGGAAGUGUUCCUCAUUCAAGGAGGAGAGCAAUUUCCAUUCCGAUCUGAAGGAACAUGAGAAGAAGGCCUUGUGCGAUCUGAAAGCAAAGGUUGAAGAAGCGAUCCUUGGAAACACGCUCUUCCGUAAGGAAGAGGAAAAAGUAGAAGAAAAGGUGAAGGAGACAUCUGCCGAAGAAGAGAAAUCAGAACAGAAAGAGAAAUCGACAGAAGAAUGCAAAUCAGAAGAAAAGGUGGAAGCGAAAUCGGCAGAAGAAGGCAAAUCAGAAGAAAAGGUGGAAGCAAAAUCGGUGGAAGAAGAAAAAUCAGAACAAGCAGAAGAAAAAUUAGAAAAAGAAGUAAGAUCUGCCAAAGAAGAAGAAAAGCCUGGACAGAAAGAGGAAGUUAAGCCCGCGGAAGAUAGCGUAGCAGAAGCAAAGGAGAAAUCCACAGAAGAAUGUGGAGAGAAGGAGAAAACAAAUGUGGUUGGUGAAGAAAAGGCGGCAGAAGUUGACAAGGACAUAUCGCUUUGGGGUGUUCCACUUCUGCCAAGCAAGGGCUUGGACAGCACCAAUGUUCUCCUCUUAAAGUUCUUGCGGGCCCGGGAAUUCAAGGUCAAUGAGGCCUUUGUGAUGCUGAAGAACACCCUCCAAUGGAGGAAGGAGUUCAAGAUGGAUAUGAUCUUGGACGAAGAAUUCGAGUCCGCUCUGAACUUGGUUUCUUACAUGAACGGCAUCGAUCGUGAGGGACAUCCCGUCUGUUACAACAUCUAUGGGGUGUUUGAGGACACUGAGCUUUACCAGAAGACGUUUGGGACGGAGGAGAAGCGCGAGCAGUUCCUGAGGUGGAGAGUUCAGGUGAUGGAGAAGGGCAUUCAGAAGCUGAACUUCGAGCCCGGGGGCAUCUGUUCCAUUCUCCAGAUCAAUGAUCUGAAGAACUCGCCUGGGCCGUCGAAAAAGGAGCUCAGACUCGCAAUGAAACUGACUGUGGGGCUGCUUCAGGACAACUAUCCAGAGUUCGUUGCAAGAAAUAUCUUCGUCAAUGUUCCUUUCUGGUACUAUGCAUUCAAUGCUCUUCUAUCUCCCUUCUUGACUCAAAGAACAAAGAGCAAGUUUGUCUUUGCCCGCCCAUCUAAGGUGACCGAGACUCUUCUCAAAUACAUUCCUGCUGAAGAUAUUCCUAUAUGCUAUGGUGGUCUAAAACGGGAGAAUGACACCGAGUUCACCACUGAGAAUAGUGGUGUUUCCGAGCACCUUGUCAAAGCAGGUGCGACUGAAGUCAUUGAAAUUCCUGCACCGGAGGCUGGAACCACUCUCCUUUGGGACCUGACUGUGCUUGGUUGGGAUGUCAACUACAAGGAAGAGUUCACCCCAACUGACGAGGGAUCAUACACUCUCAUCAUCCAAAAAGGAAAGAAAAUAGGCCCAUGUGAGGAGCCAAUCCGCAACUCAUUCAAGAACAAUGAGCCUGGGAAGGUCGUCCUGACGAUCGAGAACAGCACGUACAGGAAGAAGAAGGUCCUGUACCGACACAAGGAGACAAAGUGCUCCUCUUGAGAAGAACGACGGUGAUGAAAUAUCUGGUCAUUGAAUAUAUAAUUCAGUUCAUUAUAUUCCCUCUACAAUAACAUAUUUAUUCAUGGAGUGAUAUAAAGAUAAAAGAGAGAAUAUUAUAGGAAGAGGGGAUUAUAGAUUUGUUCAUUCAUUCUUUUUUAGGUUGGGUUGAGAGUGUGGUAGUGUGAAGAAAAGAAACUUGAUUCUUUUAUUUUUAAGCAAGGUAAAUGCUGUCCUGUGAAUUGGAAUCUUGGUUUGCAGAUUCUGCUGAUGAAUUUCAGUUGUGUGAGACUCUUUUUUUUCCUUGUAAUCAAUUUCUGGUUAAGAUCAAUUGGGUUGCUAUCGAAUGGUUUUUGGACCUUUUCUUUUGA